AUGUGUAGGAUUAACUCACCUUACCACAAAGUAGCCCGGUGGUUGGCAAAGCUCCUAGAACCCCUGCGUAAGCUCCUGAGCACGCAUUGUUUGAAAGACUCCUUUGAAUGGGUGAAUAUACUGGAACGAACAACACUUGACGCGGAGCUCAUGUAUUCAAUAGACGUGGAAUCACUGUUCACGAAUGUGCCCCUACUUGAAACGGUUGAUGACGUAUGCCAAUUUCUUUUGAGUCGGAACCUCUCUGUGAGCCUUCCUCUAGAGUUCCUGCGAGACUUGAUAUUGGUGUGUACUGAGAAUGUGCGAUUUGAGUUUGAAGGGACGGCUUACAAACAGAUUGACGGCGUCGCUAUGGGUAGGCGUUUGGGACCAGUUCUGGCAGACAUAUUCCUAGGUAUGAUUGAAAGGAAAGUUGCCGCCUGCAUAGGUGAAGCCAAGCUUUACAAGCGUUAUGAAGAUGACAUUCUCGUCUUCACUAAUGGUGAACAUUUUGAUCGUCUUGCUGUCCUCUUGAACUCAAUUCACCCGAACCUUUCUGUAUCACAGGAGAAGGAACAAGAAGACAUACUGCCGUUUCUUGACGUGGCACAUUGCAGCGCACGGUGUACAGAAAAGCGAACUAGGGGGACAAUACCUAUAUUUUUCCAGCUUCGCCCCAGUCGCAUACAAGCGCGGCCUUGUAAAAUCUCUCUUCUACAGGUCUAG